AUCCACCCCAUACCAUUGCCAUCGGUUCGCAUCAUCUCGUGCCUGUCCUGGAUGGCUGGUGUACCCUCGUACCUGGAGGACUAGGGACUGCUCGCUUCGGUGUUAGCUCGAGGCCUCUUGCGCCAGCGCAGGCAGAUUGAACACGCAAAAGUGUACCGUCGCUAAACGCGACGUUGUACUGCUCUCGGCGCUGUACUGUGCCGUUGCUUUCUCUUGUAGAAGCCGCAUCACUAGCAGGAGCUGAAGUUCACCAAACAGCUGGAAAACCUCAUCCUUAUUGGCCAGCGAGUUUCCCGAACUCUUCGAUCACACCACCCCCCUGAGGCUGCCUAUCAUGGGAGUUGUUAAAUCUGUCUCGCAAAGCAUCCUCGAGGAUAACAUCGUCCCCAGUGAAGAAGCCAAUUAUUCAAUUCAAGUUCACGCACAAGUGUGGAGCGAAAUUUUUUGCUAUCAGCUGCUAAUAGGGGCUGGAUUAGCAUUCAUGGCGCUGGUUUUACUAGCAGCAGUAAGUUUUCAAUGCUCCUCAACCUGGCGAUGGCUCAUGGGAGUCACCAGACACGAAAAUCUAGAAAGUUCUGAAGGUGACGUCUCACAGAAAAAUGCUAUUCGCAUUAGCCACUCUUUGCCUGACCUACAGACGGAUCCAAUCACCCAUGAAUAUGUUCAGGAGCAAAAAGACAACAAAAAGGUACUGCGUCAAACAACGUUACCAAUCGUACCGAUGAGACACCAAACUUUUCAAAGACAACUUUCUCAUCGUCUUGAUCUUCCAAAUAUCCAAUUCAGCAUCUGCAGCCUUGAAAAUCGCAGCGAUUCCAGUCUUGGGCUAAUUAAACCGGAAUUGUACAAAAAGGAUUUAACGAGGCAGGAAAGCAACGAGAGUUCCAGUACGACUGACAUGGAGUAUGCUGGAAAGCUGCACUUCGCUUUGCGCUACGAUACAGAAAUUGAGGGACUCGUAGUCAAGGUUUUGGAAGCUCGUGAGUUGCCAGUGAAGGACAUGACUGGAAGCAGUGAUCCUUACGUUAAAGUUUAUCUUUUGCCUGAUAGGAAAAAAAAAUACCAGACUAAAGUUCAUAGAAAAAACUUAAAUCCAAUAUUUAAUGAAACCUUUAUCUUCAGUGUACCCUACGAAGACUUGAGAGAACGUUACGUGCAACUUUCAGUCUACGACUUUGAUCGAUUUUCACGCCAUGACUUAAUUGGACAAGUAGUGCUUAGAGGACUGUUGGAUUGCACCGAUCUUGAACAUGAAAUAGAGUAUACAAUGGAUAUUUUGUGCGCAAUGCAGGAAAAAGUAGAUCUGGGAGAACUGAUGUUGACGUUGUGCUAUUUGCCUACAGCUGGUCGUUUAACAUUGACUGUCAUUAAAGCAAGAAAUUUAAAAGCCAUGGAUAUCACAGGAUCUUCUGAUCCUUAUGUAAAGGUGUAUCUUCUUUGCCAGGGAAAAAGGAUAAAAAAGAAAAAAACGAGUGUCAAGAAAAAUUGUUUAUGUCCUGUUUACAACGAGGCGCUUGUAUUCGAUGUGCCAUCCGAGAAUGUGGAGGACGUUAGUCUUAUUAUAAAAGUGAUCGAUUAUGACAGGAUCGGGUCCAAUGAACUGAUGGGAUGCACAGCAAUAGGAUCAAGCUUCAUUGGAGUUGGUCGAGAUCAUUGGUUGGAGAUGUUAGACAAUCCGAGAAAACCAGUAGCGCAAUGGUACCCGUUGAUGGAAACGGUUGCUGGACAUAUUCCUGCAGUAUCGUCUGAACUCUUGCCAGUAAGCUUAAGCUGCUUCAACAGCAGGCCUGUCCAGAGAGGGGAAUUUGACUCAAACACCACAUGCCUGAGCCUUGAGAAACGUCAUAACUGCACGAAAAGCGAUUUGGGACUUUAACCCCACGACCAAACUCUACUCGCUGCCGGAAAGGCUUCGUAGUUGUUCGUGAUGCGUGCCACGUGACCAAGGAUAUUAUACACCUAGAUGCGGCAAGUAGCGGCGGAGUGGGGAUAGAAUUAUUAGUAGGUCAAGAUAAAUUUAGACGACGCUGUCGGCGGAAAUCUUAACCCAUCCCGCUGGGCCUCUCUACCCACACAACUAUCCAUCCCCUCAUAACAGUGUUGUGAGUAAAAUGUUACCCGACGAUCGAGGAAAAUAACAAUAAAAUAACAAUAAAAUAACAAUAACUAAUAACAAAUU